AGUAAAAAAAAAAAUCUGUUACGUGUCUUGAUGAUAGGGGUUAUAAGUUAGGUUUCGCUUAUAUCCUCCAUGAGAACUGAAGUCGGGGUAACAGAUGUGGAGUAUGAAGUCUCUCAUGCUUUAGUCUUCAGUAAGAGGAUUAUUUGAUGCUCCAUUACUGGUUGGCCAAGUGGGCUAGCGAGAGUCUGACCCCCACCCCAAGGUUUUUUCAGAAAUAUACAAUAUUUUUACAUGGUUGUUCCUGUUGCAACGCUUCGAAAUUAAAAGGUUCUUGAUUUUAUUUCUGUGCACAAGCAGUUGAAAUAGAUAGGCGAUAUUAAUAAAUACGAUGAGAAAGGAAUCAGAGAAGGAGUUGCGACAUCCAUCUUGGAGGGGUAGUAUUUAGUCCUCACUCGAUGGGCAUCGCGAAUUCUAAUAUGGACAUUCCGGCCCUUUCCCGCUGGGACACCCACAUAAAGACAUUGGGCCACGGUACCAGCGGCCGCGUCGACCUAUAUCAAUGCCGUGGGUCCACCAUGGUGUAUGCCAUUAAAAAAUACGACCCCAAAGAAAAACACGAGGACUUCUCCGAUUAUAGAACCAGAGUGCUGAACGAGCACUUAAUUUUGUCUCGACUAAAUCAUCACAAUGUCAUACGCUCCUACAAGCUUGAGUGUCUGUGGCUCCGGUCGUCUGUGCAGUUAUACCUCCAGUAUGGCGGAAAUGCCACUCUCAAGGGCCUUAUAGCAAAAAAAUGUCCUCCCAGCGAAAUGUUCUGUUUCGUCAAACAGCUCCAACAGGGUAUCAGGUAUAUCCACUCAGAGGGCGUGUGCCAUCGGGACUUGAAGUUUGCAAAUAUCAUGAUAACCCCUCAAGGGAUCUUGAAGAUCAUCGACUUUGCUGAUGCCCGGCUUGGACCCCGGUGCUACGGAAUUAUUGGUACUAGCUCGUUCUGUGCGCCCGAAGUUUUCUCGAGCCUUGACUAUAACGGGUACAAAAUCGACGUAUGGGCGUUUGGCAUCAUCGUAUACUACUGCAUUUUCCACCGAUUCCCCUGGAAUGUUGCCAAAUCUGAAUGUGUAGAAUUUGUGGCCUUUAUAAAUUCUUGUGACUUGAAUUUGUCCAGGCUUCCCGCACAUAUCCAAACGGUGUUAACACAAUGCCUAACGGUCGACCCGACCCAAAGACCCGGCAUCGACUCUGUCGACACCAGUAGCUGGAUUGCUGGCAUCGACUGUUGUACUCCCACCAAUUCCUGUAAAUAUGACCAUUGUCGGUGGUUUAAAUAGCAUAUAGUGAAAGCCUCGCCCGCUCGUGGAUUUGUGCAAUCCUCAACAAAAUGAAUCAUAGC